AUGGACUCACCCAUCGAGCUCACCGUGCACCACCAUGGCACCCCGCAUAGCUUCCAACUCCCCGCGUCGGCAACAUUGCAAGACCUCUCCGCCGAUAUCGAAAGCACCCUCAACAUCCCAACAGCGAACCAGAAGCUCCUCAUAGCUCCCAAGCCUGGCAUGCAGAAGGCGCCCUUCCUCCCCACCCAACUCACUACCCUUCUCCCCCUCGACUCGCCCAAGUUCAAAAUCACCCUCCUCGGCACCCCCGCCCAGGCCAUCGCCGACCUCCACGAACAAGCCACCAGCACCCGCAAGCGACAAGAAGCACGCGCAUCCGCCCAAGCCGCCGCCCGACGCACAAACAAAUCCACCUCCACCUCCACCAGCCGUGGCAUCCACACCCUCUCCUCCUCCAGCAACAACUACACCUUCCACCGGCUCCUCCCACUCGCCUACCUCCCCCGCCCAGAACGCUCCCUCGAAUUCCUCACCCGCCUCCGUGACGACCCCGGCAUCCGCGCCGCAAUGGCCAAACACAAGUUCUCCGUCCCUUUGCUCACGGAAAUGAAUCCAGCCGAGCACACGACCAGCGAGUCGCGCACGCUGGGCCUCAAUCGCAACAAGGGCGAGGUGAUCGAGCUGCGGCUGCGCACCGACGCAUACGACGGGUACCGUGACUACCGAACGAUUCGGAAAACGCUUUGCCACGAGCUGGCGCAUUGCGUGUUCGGCCCGCAUGACCGUGACUUUUGGGAUUUGACGGCGCAGAUUGAGCGGGAGGUUGAGCGCGCGGAUUGGACGUCGGGUGGCAAUCGGUUGACGGGUCAGGACUUUUAUGAUCCGGGGGAUUGGGAGCGGGUGCAGAGUGGAGAGGAGGUUAUUGAUGAGCAGGGGUGGACGGGCGGUGAAUUUGUCUUGGGUGGGUUGGGGGUGGAUGAGGCUGGGAGGAGCGCUGGCGGUGGGACCGGGGCGGCGAUGGGGGGGGUCGUUGUCUAG